AAUGGAGAGAUGGAGACGGAACUGCGCUGCAGCUCAUUCACUUCGAGUAGAAGUACUAAAAAUUUCCCCAGGCUUUUUGUAAAUUCACAAACACCAGCUUUUUGAAUCUCCUCUCCUUGUAUAUACCAAUAGACAAGAUGGCCUCAAAGACCUUCGCCAGAACCCUGCGCACUGUCUCCAAGCAGAAGAUCACCGCUCCUUCGGUGCAAAAGCGCACAAUUGUGUCUGCUCUUGCGACCAGACCAGUCCUCGCAGCAACUCAGCGACCUGCGUUCGCAGCUCCAGCUCAGCAACAAACGAGAGGUAUCAAGACCAUCGACUUUGCCGGCACAAAAGAGACUGUCUACGAAAGAGAGGACUGGCCUCGCGAGAAGCUCCUUGACUACUUCAAGAACGAUACACUUGCCCUCAUCGGCUAUGGCUCCCAAGGUCACGGUCAGGGUCUCAACCUCCGAGACAACGGCUUGAACGUGAUUAUUGGUGUCCGAAAGAACGGUGCUUCAUGGAAAGAAGCAGAGCAAGAUGGCUGGAUCCCCGGCAAGAACUUGUUCGAGGUUGACGACGCCAUCUCUCGAGGUACCAUCAUCAUGAACUUGCUCAGUGAUGCUGCCCAAAGCGAGACCUGGCCUGCCAUCAAGCCUCAAUUGACCAAGGGAAAGACUCUGUACUUCUCCCACGGUUUCUCCCCUGUCUUCAAGGACCUCACCAAGGUUGAUGUCCCCACGGACAUUGACGUUAUCCUCGUCGCACCCAAAGGUUCCGGCCGAACUGUCCGAUCCCUCUUCCGAGAAGGCCGUGGUAUCAACUCUUCCAUCGCCGUCUUCCAAGACGUCACUGGUGAGGCUAAAGAGAAGGCCAUUGCGCUUGGUGUCGCCGUCGGCAGUGGCUACCUGUACGAGACUACAUUCGAGAAGGAGGUGUACUCGGAUCUCUACGGUGAGCGAGGAUGCUUGAUGGGUGGUAUUCACGGCAUGUUCCUCGCCCAAUACGAGGUUCUCCGUGAGCGCGGCCAUUCGCCGUCCGAGGCCUUCAACGAGACCGUUGAGGAGGCCACCCAGUCUCUCUACCCAUUGAUUGGAGCCAACGGUAUGGACUGGAUGUACGCUGCUUGCUCUACCACUGCUCGUCGGGGUGCCAUCGACUGGUCCGUGAGAUUCAAGGAUACUCUCAAGCCCGUCUUCAACGACCUGUACGACAGCGUCAAGACUGGCAAGGAGACCCAGCGCAGCUUGGACGUCAACGGACGACCUGACUACAGAGAGAUCUACGAGAAGGAGAUGCAAGAGAUCCGCGACUUGGAGAUCUGGCGUGCCGGCAAGGCUGUUCGCUCUCUGCGACCCGAGAACCAGUAAAUUGCUGGGCGACUGUGCAUUGUGAUCUAGUCUGACGGGGCGUCCUGAAAAGUUGAACCUGUACCAAAUGGUGGGCUGUCUUUGGUUUGAUCGGAAACGGACUCUUUCUUCAUACCAGCAUUGAAUAUGAAUGAUUCCAUUUCGCGCACAACUUUGUUCCCACUCUGAAUAUUUUUGACCCAUGCGACCAAUUGCCGACUUCGGAGAUCUACGGCAAACCGCCGACCCAACUUAGUCAGUGUCUUUGAAGUACAUCUCUAUGCU